AUGCAGCAGCAGGCGGCUUCUCACAGCUUAAAAAAGCGGGGGGGGCUGAUGGGGUUGGCGCUUACUUAUUAUUCGCUGCUGGUGCUGUUGGCACGUGGUUCACAUGCAUUUGCAAGAAACCUGGUGGGCUCAGGCCAGGGGGCGCUGCAGCAUGCAGAAGCAGCGACUGGACAGGACGCAGCGACCAACGUGCCUUCGUUUCUCCUAGCCGCGCAUCAGCACCAGCACCACCAGCACCAGCAGCAGCAGCAGGAGGGGGAAAAGCAGGAGCUGGAGGAGGCACAGAAUGAGGAGCCCAACGGGGAGCAGCAACAUCCUGUUCAGGAGAUGGUAGAUGCAGAGGAAGCUGCUGCAUUGUUAUCUCUUGAGGAGAAAGCAAAGUCAGGUGAGAUCGCGGCGGAUCAGUUGAAGGGAGCAGUUGAAAGCGCUUUUUCUGCCUUUAUUCAACAAACAGAAAACAACCUUAAGAGCCUAGAGGAGGCAGUCGCAGCGGUAGAGGCGGGGCGUCUGCCUGUGGAGGCGCCGAGUUUCCUUGCAGUAGAAGAAGGACAAGGAGACACUAGCACUCUCCCUUCAGCAUCAGAAGAAGAGAAUGCAGACGGUGCUGAUGCACCGGUAGAUGCAGAGGCAGAGGGAGAAGGAGAUGAGGAGCUGGGAGCGAGAACAAAGGGGACGUGGGACGAGACAAAGGAACAGGCAAAGGAGACGAUGGAGGAAGUAAAAGACAGAGUGAGAGAAUGGGAUGAGCGGCUUUCAACUCUCGUGGGCAAUGCAAAACAAGACGCAAAAAAAGCAGCAAGGAAGUUGAAGGAUGCAAUUGUUGAAGGUGUUGAUAAGGCAAAAAGAAAAAUGAGAAGGGGGUGGAGGAAAUUCAUCGACAACAUGCACCAUCAGCUCGUGGGUGCGGACAAAGAGGACUCUGACGGGGAAGCAGCACAAGCUGCAACAGAUGACGCAACAGGCGAAAGAGGAGGAGGAACUGAAGAUGAGAGGCUGAAGAGAAAACUCUUUGGGGGCGGCCUUCACCCGCCAGAGGACGGAGAAGGGAGCGAAGGAAACGGCAGUGUUAGUACAGCUGACGGCGAAGGGAGAAGUGGUGCAGAGGGAGAGCCUUCAGGGAAAGGAGCAGACUUUAAGCUAGCUGAUGCCUUACAAUCAGGAGCACCCGGGUCGGGGGGUGAUGCAAACAAGGGAACGAAGAAAGGAGAAACACGGACUGCCGCUCCACCUUCUGCUUCACAGGCUCAACAUACAGCAACGGAGGACACAAGGUGA